GAGAAUGAGAUUCAUAAACGGCAACAGCUGGCGAGUGAAACCGGGGUUCCUCCGAAGGUGCUUUUUUUUCCAGACAGUCGCUGUGUGCAGCUGAGAAAGGGGCGGGCUCCUUUGCAAGUAGGUUAGUUGUGAUUUGCUGAAUUCGUAGACUUUUCCCCUCAAAACCCCAGCCCUCUCGCUCUCUCUCUCUCUCUCUCUCUCUCAGAAGGAGGGGAAAAAAAAAAAAAAAAAAAAAGAGAGAGAGAGAGAGAGAGAAAGGGAGAGAAGUUGACUUGCGGCUGCCUCUCAGCGCGCCCGUCAGCGUCGGUCCGGUCCCCAGAGCCUCGCCCGGCACCAUGAGCUCGGAAGCCGACGAGCCCAAGGAAGUGGCCACAGAUGUCUUCAACUCCAAAAGUCUGGCCAUUCAGGCCCAGAAGAAAAUCCUUGGAAAAAUGGUGUCCAAAUCAAUAGCAACUACUUUGAUUGAUGAUACAAGCAGUGAUGUUUUAGAUGAGCUUUACAGAGUAACAAAGGAAUAUACACAAAAUAAAAAAGAAGCAGAGAAGAUAAUCAAAAACCUCAUUAAAAUAGUCCUCAAAUUGGCAAUUCUCUACAGGAACAACCAAUUUAAUCAAGAUGAAAUAGCCCUGAUGGAGAAAUUCAAGAAGAAGGUUCAUCAGCUGGCUAAGACCGUGGUCAGUUUCCAUCAGGUGGAUUAUACCUUUGACAGGAACUUUUUGUCCAAACUGUUGAAUGAAUGUAGAGAGCUGCUCCAUGAAAUCAUUCAGCGUCACCUCACUGCGAAGUCACACGGACGCGUCAACAAUGUGUUUGAUCACUUCUCUGAUUGUGAAUUUUUGGCUGCCUUGUACAAUCCCUUUGGACCUUAUAAAAUCCAUCUGCAGAAACUUUGUGAUGGGGUCAACAAAAUGCUAGAUGAGGGGAACAUAUAGGUACUUGUAUUAUAGGUGACUGCCUAUCAGUUACUUGUAGAUGGAACACUGUUGAUUUAUGAAGGAAUAAGGGAGCAUGCAAAGAGGUUUUUUUACAUUAUGACAAAUCUUUCCUAAAUAUCUCUAUUAAUUGAUUUCUUACUUUGCGCUAUCUGUUGCUAUUCAGAGUCCAUCUAGAAGAAAAACUGCACAUGACUUUUUUACUGUGCUUUGCCUAUGGAAACAGCUCGAUAAAGACAAUCAAACAGAAUGGUUCAAGUAGAGUAAGAGUCUUGCAAGAUAGAUAUACAAACCAAAACAAUACGCUGUCAGACAAUCCGCAUCUUUCAUAGAUUUACAGAAUUAAUUCUUAACUAUCAGAAUCCAGUAAUGUUGGUAACAGACUAUCAUGGUGAUGUAAUUUCUCUGUAAUUUCUCUGUAAUUUCCUUAAUUUACUUGUAAAAUAGACAUAUUUGAUUCAGUUAUAGUCUUUUAUGCUCUCUGCACAGAUAACAGCUUCCUAGUGUUGCCAUUAUGAAGCACUGAGUUUUAUAUAAAAUCAGUGAUGCUGUCACAUAGAGUCUUAACAGCAGGCUUGUGCAUCUCCAGCUCAGAGGUGAAAACUUCCUGACUGCCAGGCAGGAUCUCCCAAGGAAGAGAUCCUUACAGACCUGCACAGGUGCUUGCUUCCUUUGACCACAUGGGGAUUAUUUGAGGAAUAAGCUACAGGAAAGUAGCCGAACGGGGGAAGAGCAUUCCCAAGAAACUGCUUGUGGUACAGAAUUUUAACUCUGCCUAUGAUAAGAUAAAACACAGUGACUUCUCUGUGCAAUUCCUUAAGAUUUUUAGAAUUCUGCUAGUAGAAUCAUAGAAUCAAUCAUUUGGGUUGGAAGGGUCACAAUUCUUUUUGAAAAGAUGUGAGUCAGUAUAUCUGAUAUACUAGUCUGAUGUGUAUGAUGAUGUGAAUUCACCAAAGUUGAUAAAUAAAUUGCAAGCCAAUUUGCUUUGUGUACAAUGAAAGUAGAAGCAGAAAUUAAUGUUAUCAUUGUGUUAUAUACUAUUUAACUAAUGGAGAAAUGGAACUUUAAAUAAUUUUUUUCUUCUUUUCUUACUUCUCACCUUUUAUCCUUCUUUUUCUUCCUCAUCUUCUCUCUGCCUUGACAUUGGGGAUAAAAAAUGUGACUUUCUAGACACUGUAAUGUACUUAAAAGCGUGAAGUUAAUACAUUUCAAACAGCCAAAGACUUUUUGUUAGGAAGCAUAUAAAGAUUUUGCUGUUUAUUUAAUUGCCAGUGUUUUUGCUGUUUGCUGUGUCCUUUUGUUUUAAUGAGUAAACCAAAGAAUAUUUGCACUCCAAA